AAACACACUCCGAAUUCCAAAUUCCAAAAUCCAGAUCUGAUUCGGAUCCGAAAUUCUUCUUCGCAUCACAAUGGCAACUCGAACUCUUCUUCUUCUUCUUCUUCUUCCUCUCGCUGUUCUUCUUCUCUUCUCCAAUUCCGUAAUCUGCAAAGAUUCCCCUGCUAAAGAUCCGCCCACCAAGACCAUCGACGACGAGGACGAAGAUCUCAGCUUUCUCGAGGAGCCGGAUGCGGCGGCCGGUGCUUCCGCUCAUCGUCACCUCCCCGACUUUGAUGGUUUUGAGGGAGGUGCCGAGGACGAGGAUUUUGGGGACUUCUCCGAUUUUGAGGACUCGGAUGCUGAUCGGGAUGAGUACAAGGCGCCGGAGGUGGACGAGAAGGAUGUCGUCGUGUUGAAGGAGGGUAACUUCAGCGAUUUCGUGGAGAAGAACCGGUUUGUUAUGGUGGAGUUUUACGCUCCCUGGUGUGGUCACUGCCAGGCGCUGGCGCCGGAGUAUGCUGCUGCCGCCACUGAAUUGAAAGGCGAGAACGUGGUUUUGGCGAAGGUUGAUGCGACGGAGGAGAAUGAAUUGUCGCAGAAGUACGACGUUCAAGGAUUUCCGACUGUUUAUUUCUUUGCCGAUGGAGUCCACAAGUCUUACCCUGGACAGCGGACCAAGGAUGCUAUAGUAACCUGGAUCAAGAAGAAGAUCGGACCUGGUAUUUACAACAUAACUUCGGUGGAAGAUGCUGAACGCAUACUGACUUCUGAGACUAAAGUUGUUCUUGGUUACCUGAACUCCUUGGUGGGCCCUGAGAGCAAUGAGCUUGCUGCUGCUUCAAGACUGGAAGAUGAUGUCAACUUUUACCAAACGGUGGAUCCUGAAGUGGCCAAGCUUUUCCACAUUGAAGCUUCAGCAAAACGCCCUGCCUUGGUAUUGCUUAAGAAGGAGGCUGAAAAACUGAACCGCUUUGAUGGCGAGUUUUCUAAGUCUGCAAUUGCUGAAUUUGUGUUUGCCAAUAAGCUUCCAUUAGUUACAAAGUUUACGAGAGAAAGCGCACCAUUGAUUUUCGAAAGUUCAAUUAAGAAACAGUUGAUUCUAUUUGCGAUUUCAAAUGAUUCAGAGAAACUAAUCCCCAUAUUUGAAGAGUCGUCGAAGUCUUUUAAAGGAAAGCUUAUUUUCGUUUAGUUCUUGGAUACACUGGAAAUGAGGACAGCAAGAAAUUUGUGCUUGCUAAGGAAGUUACUUUGGAUAAUAUUAAGGCUUUCGGAGAAAAUUUCUUGGAAGACAAGUUAAAACCCUUUUAUAAGUCAGAUCCCAUUCCUGAGACUAAUGAUGGUGACGUGAAAGUAGUGGUUGGAGACAACUUCGACAAUAUUGUUUUAGAUGAAUCGAAGGAUGUUCUCCUCGAGAUCUAUGCUCCUUGGUGUGGGCAUUGCCAAGCACUGGAACCAACUUAUAACAAGCUUGCCAAACAUUUACGUGGCAUCGAUUCACUUGUCAUUGCUAAGAUGGAUGGCACAACAAAUGAACAUCCCCGGGCGAAGUCCGAUGGAUUCCCAACAAUUCUGUUUUUCCCAGCUGGAAACAAGAGCUUUGACCCUAUCACUGUCGAUACCGAUCGUACCGUUGUGGCACUGUACAAAUUCAUCAAGAAAAAUGCAUCCAUCCCUUUCAAGCUACAGAAGCCAGUUUCGAGUCCGAAAGCCGUAAGUUCUGAAGCCAAAUCUGGUGAUGCCAAAGAGAGCCCAAAGAGCAGCACCACUGACGUAAAGGAUGAAUUGUGAAGACUUCUUAAAUAGUUUUGUAAGUUAUUAUCCCAUCUUUUAUGCACUUUUUGCAGCUGCCAGAUUUUUAGACCAUAUGGAGAGACUAGAAAUUAAAAGAAAAUGUUUUUUUCCCUUUUUCUUUAGGAAAAAAAAAAGAAAAAAAAACUUAACUCAAUUUCCACUUUCCAAUAAGAAAAAGAAGGAAAAAAAGGGCCUAUUAAGUUUUGUAGUGUAUGUCCAUGGGGAAAAAAGUAAAGCAAAAAAAGUGGAUCUGCCUUUGAAAAACUGAUGAAAUAGAUAGCUAUUUGUUUUGUUACUUCUUUAUGUGCUUAUUUAAUACUUUUAAGUUACAAAA